AUGCAUGUUGCAGCCAGCACGCCGAGUCGGUUGCAGCAUGAAGAUGGGCCGAGCCCAGAGGUCAUUCGCCAGCUUGAUCUGGACCUUCCCCGGACGGCUGGUGGUGACAAGUCGCUCCAGGCUUGCAUCGGCAGGGUUCGAGGCAUGAUCCUCCAACACCUUGACGAAGACCCUGAGCUUGGCUACUGCCAGGGCAUGACACUAGUCGCGGCAGUUUUUGCUGCUGCGAUUCAAGAUCCUGAGGCAUACAAGCGCUUCGCCGCAUUUGUGAAACAAGUGCGUGGUCUUUGGCUGCCUGGAUUUCCGCUGCUGAUGCCCUGCAUGUCGGGCUUUGAGGUCCUAGCACGGGAGAGAGCUUGGUUCAUUCACUUCACCAGGCUUGGUGUGCGCAGUGACAUGUUUUUGCCGCAGGCAAUGUUGUCCAUGUUUGUGAAUUGGCUGCCGCUGAUGAUGUUACUGCAUUGCUUGAGCUUCCUGGAAGACUUUGGCCUAGCGGCCUUGCUUUCAAUGGCAGUCGCCUUCCUGGACUUGCACGAAGCCCGCUUGCUUGAGCAACCCACGUUUGAGGAGCUCAUGGAGACAUUACAGGGCCUCAAGCAGGCAGAGGGCUGCCCCUCCGAGCUGCUGCUGAGAGCUGAGCGCGGCAUGGCGGAGGCAUCGGAAGCGCUGGAAGCAGAGCAAAUCGUGCCAAGACCCUCUCAUGGCCGCUUCAAGCGCAAAGGCUCGCAGGUGGUGGAUGAGGAGGGCAAAGAGAUCUUGGCAUCGUCUGGCCUGGGAAGCACCAUUGAGUGGAUCUCCUCACAGACGAGCAGUUCGAUAUCUGACUGGUGGCAGGGAACGGGCCUGCGCUCGUCGCUUCUCGGCUGGGCCUUCCUGCAAUGUGAGGCUCCCUCCGUGUCGAGCCGUGAGAAGGUAGCCGAGAGCAGGGUACUUUCAGCGCUGGAGCGCAGUCUGUGA